CGGAAGCGUGUAGGCGACAAUAUAUCGAAUUAUCAAAGCUCAGGCGAGUCGGUCGACAUCCAAGUAACCGGUAGUGCGGGGAUAGUGCUCGCUUAUUCACUGCCGUGGACCUGUUUCCUUUUUGACCCCCUUUACAUUUGGACAGUGAAUUUUAUUAAAAAAUUAUGAUGCAGGCUAGCCUUUGGAGUUUGGUGACCACUUCUGUGAGGCCAUCAUGCGUGAAACGUGUACUACCUGGCUUGACAGCUACCCAGCAACGAAGAUAUGCCAGCAAUUUGGAAGCAGAUCUAGUUGUAAUUGGUGGUGGCCCCGGUGGCUAUGUAGCAUCGAUCAAAGCCGCGCAAUUGGGGAUGAAAACUAUUUGCGUAGAAAAAGAAGAAACCUUAGGGGGCACUUGCCUAAACGUUGGAUGCAUUCCAUCGAAAUCACUGCUGAACAAUUCGCAUUAUUAUCAUAUGGCACAUAGUGGAGACUUAAAUAAUCGCGGUAUCAUAGUUGAAAAUGUUAAACUCAAUCUGGAUAAGUUGAUGGAGCAAAAGCGCAAUGUGGUUAAAGCUUUAACCAGUGGCAUAGCUGGUUUGUAUAAAAAGAAUAAGAUUGAAUGGGUCAAGGGUCAUGGGAAAAUUACUGGUCCGAACCAAGUGACCGCGCUUAGUCCAGACGGUUCAGUAGUAAGCACAAUUAACACUAAAAACAUUAUAAUUGCAACUGGCAGCGAAGUCACACCAUUUCCGGGUAUAGAGAUCGAUGAACAAACCAUUGUCUCGUCUACCGGGGCUUUGUCACUAAAUCGAGUACCUAAUAGAUUAAUUGUGAUUGGUUCUGGUGUCAUUGGACUAGAAUUAGGAUCCGUUUGGCAGAGGCUGGGCGCUGAAGUAACAGCCAUCGAAUUUUUAACGACUAUCGGCGGAGCAAAUAUCGACGCCGAAGUUAGCAAAACGUUAGAGAAGAUAUUAGGGAAGCAAGGGAUGAAAUUCAGUUUGGGAACUAAAGUCACUGGUGCGAAAAAAGUGGGGAACGAGAUCGUCGUUUCUGUGGAAGAAGCACGAGAUCCUAGCAAGAGAGAGGAUCUAACAUGCGAUAUACUGUUGGUCAGCAUAGGUAGGAGACCGUAUACGCAUAACCUAGGGUUAGAAGACAUGGGAAUCGAGAGAGACGAAAAGGGCAGGGUCCCUGUAAAUAGCAGAUUCCAAACAGUAAUUCCCUCAAUUUUCGCUAUUGGAGAUUGCAUCCACGGGCCGAUGUUGGCUCACAAGGCCGAGGACGAAGGUAUCAUUACGGUCGAAGGUAUCGCAGGAGGUGCCGUUCACAUUGACUACAAUUGCGUACCCAGCGUAAUCUACACGCAUCCGGAAGUCGGUUGGGUGGGCAAGACAGAGGAGGACUUAAAAAAGGAAGGCAUCGAUUACAAAAUCGGAAAGUUUCCACACUUGGCAAAUUCCAGAGCGAAAACGAACAUGGAGACGGACGGGUUCGUUAAAGUAUUAGCGGACAAAAACACCGACAAAAUAUUGGGAGUGCACAUGAUCGGUUCGGUUGCCGGCGAACUGAUCAACGAGGCGGUGCUCGCGAUGGAGUAUGGAGCAAGUGCGGAAGACGUUGCGAGAACGUGUCACGCACAUCCGACCUGCGCGGAAGCUUGGAAGGAAGCAUGCUUGGCCGCGUACUUCGGAAAGCCCAUCAACUUCUAAAACAAGAUUAAAACAAAACGAUCCGUGAUUUGCACAUUUCGACUCAUCGUAGCUUCGAUCUAGUCUACGUUCAAUUUCGCGUCACGCUAUACGCUUAGCGUGUAGGUCUCAUCAUCGCUUAAAUAUCGCAUAUGGAAAAAGUUGUACAUAAAAGAAUAAGGAGGAAUUUGUGAAAGUACCGUACCUUUUAUAGUAGAUUUACCUUUGUUUCUCGAUUAUUGUAUUUAUUAUAAAUAAAUUAUAUAAUCCACUA